AUGUCCCAGAGCUCUGUGCAGUUGAGUAUGAACACCAAACCAACAUCACUUUGGUCCCGGCAACCAUUCGAACAACUGUUUGGUGUGCCGAGCGCAGAGUUGAAUAAUAGGAGCGCGGUGAACACCGAGCGGAGAUCAAAUGGCACCAAGGAUGAUUUCUCAUACAAGGAAUCUGAAGCAAAGCUUCUUCAGUCUCUCAGAUUUUGCAUCAUGAAGCUCUUAAAGCUGGAAGGGUCGAGAUGGCUUUUUAGGCAGAAUGGUGGUUGUGAUGAAGAUCUAAUUGACCAAGUUGCCGCAGCUGAGAGAGUUUCACAAGAAACUGCAGAUGGCAUGGGCGCUAAUUGCAUGCACGGACGGCUCAAUUGUGGUGCUGAUUGUGUUUGGCAAGCUUCCCUGGUUGUUAGUUUUGGUGUCUGGUGUAUCCGUUGGGUGCUAGACCAGUCCCUUGCGGAAAGUAGGCCAGAACUUUGGGGCAAGUAUACUUAUGUUCUCAACCGUCUUCAGGGGAUACUUGAUCCUGCAUUUUGCAAGCCUCGGAAACCCGUCAGCGGGUGCUCAUGCCUCGAGAAAGCACGUCUGGUCGCCAAGCCCGUGUCCGCCACCUUCACCGCCGCAGCUGACAUCUCGGCGCUGAUCAAAGAUGUGGAGCAAGCAGUUUCUGGCCGGAGGGGUCGAAGCGGCACGGUGGCGGGAGAUGUUGCCUUCCCUAAAGGGAAGGAAAACCUUGCUUCUGUGCUCAAGCGAUACAAGCGCAGGCUCUUGAGCAACAAGCCAUCAUAG